GUCGUCUGUAGCAGCAAACAAAGCAGGGCUGUUCAUUGAGCUAUCUGAAAAGAUUCAGCAAGAAGAGCAGCAUAACUGGAGUCUGCAAGCAUCCAAAUCUACACAACAUCAUGAGUGAGGAAAGUGCUGAAUUGGGCUUCACAUGGGAGGUGAGGGCAAACAGUCGCCACUACCACAAACUUAAACAGAAGAAAUCCUUUCUGUGCUUCCGCUGGGGGAGAGCCGCUGAUAAUGUGGUGCGCAGCUACAAGUACUCCCCCCUGACUUUCCUGCCCCUAACGCUGUUUGAACAGUUCCAGCGAGCAGCCAAUCUCUAUUAUCUCCUAAUGAUGGUGUUGCAGUGUGUCCCUGCCAUCUCAUCCAUACCAUGGUACAUCACCAUCAUCCCGCUGAUCUCGAUUCUUUCAGUGAGAGGGCUGAAAGACCUCAGCAACGACAUGGCAAGAAGACGCAGUGACUCUGAGAUUAACUCCAGACCUUGUGACAUUCUCAUUUCCCAGAGUUUUCGCACAAAGAAGUGGAAAGAUGUGUGUGUGGGAGAUGUACUGCGGAUCCACAAAGACCAAGUGAUCCCUGCUGAUCUUCUUCUUUUGUGCAGCUCAGAGCCUCACAGUCUGUGUUAUGUGGAGACAGCUGAUAUAGAUGGAGAGACCAACCUCAAGUACCGGCAGGCACUCAAUGCUACACACAAUGUGCUGACUUCUAACCCCUCAGAGGAGGCCCUUGGUGCCUUUGAUGGUGUUGUGCUUUGUGAGGAGCCCAACAAUCGCUUGUACACGUUCAGAGGUCAGCUGCAGUGGCGGGGAGAGAUUCUCCCCUUGGACAGUGAACACAUCCUGCUGAGGGGAACAGUCCUACGCAAUACAGGCUUUGCCUACGGCUUGGCCAUAUAUACUGGCGCAGACAGCAAGAUCCUGAGGAACAGCGGGAAACUGAAAGUAAAGAGGACUCAGAUGGAAAAAGUUUUUAACAAAGUGGUGAUCGGGAUAGUCCUGUGUGUGCUGCUGGCAGCUCUGCUCCUUGCCAUUGGCAAUGGCGUGUUUUCCACUCAGGUCAUGAGACAGACAGAUGCUCUGUCUGCUCUGGUGGUUAACAGCGAUGCUGUCUACACCGGAUUCCUCGUCUACUGGAGCUACAUCAUCCUUCUCAGCCCAGCCAUGCCUAUAGCCCUCUAUAUCUCGUUUGAGCUGGUCCACACGGUCCACAGCCUGUUUAUUGGCUGGGAUUUGGAGAUGUAUUGGCAGCAGGGAGACAAACCGGCUCAGGCUAGGAAUACUUCACUGAAUGAGGAGCUCGGCCAAGUGGGAUACCUGCUGAGUGACAAAACUGGGACACUAACCCAGAAUCGCCUGCUCUUCAGACAGUGCUGCAUAGCUGGAGAUAUCUAUGGUGAUACGUCAGUCAGAGCAGAGGAUGUAGAGCUCAUGGAUUUAAGCUGGAAUCCCUUCUCCUGUGGUGGUCUCUUUAUGUCAGCUCCAGCCCUUGUAGACAGACUUAGAAGGAACCAGUGUCCACUCAGCAGACAGUUCUUUACUGCACUUGCUUUAUGUCAUACUGUCAUGGCAGAGUGGAAGGAAGAGACUCCAGUUUACCAGGCUGCAUCCCCAGAUGAGGAAGCCCUUGUUGGUGCCGCCAGAGAGCUGGGUUGGGUCUUUCUGUCUAGGGCAAGAGAUUUUAUCGUUGUCUCAGAAAUGGGUGUCACUCGCAGGUAUCAGCUCCUGGCACUGCUGGAUUUCACCAGCAAGAGGAGGCGCAUGUCUGUACUGGUGCGAGAGCCAGAGGGUGGAAUAAAAUUGUACUGUAAAGGGGCAGAUAUAGUGAUCCUGGAGAGACUGCAGAAGGACUGUCCAUAUCAGGAAAGGAUGGAAACAGCUCUAGAGCUGUUUGCCGAGGCCUGUCUGAGGACACUGUGUGUUGCGGUUCGAUCUGUUCCCGAGGCAUUGUGGGAGCGGUGGAAUAAAACUCUGUCCCAGUCAGCAACCAUGGCGACCUGUGACCGUGAUGUUCUGCUGGAAGAACUAUAUGAUAAGAUGGAGAUGGACCUGCAGCUGCUGGGGGUGACAGCAAUUGAGGAUCGGCUUCAGGAUGGAGUGCCUGAGACCAUUGCACUACUUCAAGAGGCUGGGAUUAAAGUAUGGGUACUGACUGGAGACAAAAAAGAGACUGCAGUGAAUAUUGGAUUUUCUUGCAAACUGCUGGAUCCUGAUAGCAGAAUAGUAGAAUGGCAAGAGCUGAGACAGAUACUCCAGUCCCCAGAUCCACGGGUGAGUUUCUUUAAGGCCAGACAGACAGAGCUGUGGGCUGUAGACAAGAAGAUGGCUGUAGCAAAGACUUCUGUGGUCCUCACCGGACCUGAGCUGGCAGAGUUUGACCAGAGGCCAGAAUGGGGGGCCACAUUCAUGAGCCUGACAGAACAUUGUCGGUCUGUGCUAUGCUGCCGCGUAACACCUGCACAGAAGGCUGGAAUUGUCAACAUGGUCCAGAAACAUACGAGUUCGGUCACCAUGUCCAUUGGUGACGGUGCCAAUGACGUCAACAUGAUCAAGACGGCUCAUGUUGGCGUGGGACUGGCAGGAGUGGAGGGAGGUCAGGCUGUGCAGAAUGCAGACUUUGCAUUGUCCCAGUUCAGGUUUCUGCAGCGGCUGCUCCUCAUCCAUGGCCGAUGGUCCUAUCGGCGCAUUUCCCUCUUCCUGCGCUAUUUCCUGUUUAAGACUUGCAGUUUUGCUCUUGUGCAUGUAUGGUUUGGUUUCUUCAAUGGCUUCAGUGCUCAGUCUCUGUAUGAAACAUGGUUCAUCGCGUUAUACACUGUUUUCUACACUGCGUACGCAACGAUUUGCAUGGCCAUGUUUGAACAGGAUGUCAGCGCAGAGAACAGUUUAAAAUUUCCAGAGUUGUACCAUUCUGGACAGAAACAUGAGCUCUCAAGCCCUCUGAAGUUGUCCUUGUCGCUCCUGCAUGCUGUCUAUGCAUCGCUCGUGUUCUUCUUCAUCCCGUUUGGAGUUUUCAGCAACACAGCCUUAGACUACCAGACUAUGGCGGUCACAGUCUCCAUGGCAGCUACGUUCACUGCCACAAUUGAGAUUAUUCUGAUGACCAGAUACUGGACAAAAUUCAACAUAGCAGCUGUGGUUGUCUCUGUGGUGUUGUUCUUCAUCUGUACCAGGAUCACCCACAACACCCGCCUUUUUCAACAGUCACCCAAGGACUAUUACUUUCUUGGUGUGUCUGAUAAGGCCUUCAUUGAUCCAGUUGUGUGGCUCACCGCUCUGCUCACUGCCUGGACAGCUGUUUUGCCUUCAGUGACUGCUUUUGCCCUCAAUGUCAUUCUCACCCUCCAUGACAAACACAAGGUCCACAGUGUGUCACAUCAGCCAGUGGAACUGAGGUCUAAUUUCAGAAGAGGGACAUCUCUCCGCCGCUCCUCUUAUGCUGUCUCUCAGGGAGCUGGGUCCGGACGCUACAUCACCUCAGCAACGCACAUCCACCCCACAGAACUGCCAGUAGAUGAGAAGGUGACUGCAAGUAAUAACUCCACUGACCGCACGGAACAUGAACGAUGACUAAUGCAUUUAAAGUUUUUAGAACAGAAAAUAUGUGAUCAUAUUAAUUGCUCCUGCAACACAGAACUGAAAAAGAUUUUUCCUCUGUUUUACAUAUGGUUUUGUGAGCAGUUCUAAGCUGGUGCGCUACU